AUGGCGGCUAUUUUUCAUGGAGUCCUCCAUAAAGACAUGUUCUCUUUCUCUACAACACCUUCAACAAAAUCAUCUUACUCGGCUACAAGUAUUCAAUUAGUAUCAGCUUGUGAUGAUUCUAUUCCUGUGAAUAAAGGAGGCUUUAUUGAUAUUAAAAUUGAUCAAAAAGUUUAUGACCAACAGAUUGCAAUGUGUCAGAAUGCUCUUAUUGCUCGUAUAAUUCUCUCUAAAGGAGAAUCCCCUUGGAAACUUAUAGACCUCAAAAAAAAAUUAACAGAUAUAUGGAGAAUUACUUCUAAUUGGAAAUUGAUUUCUCUGGGAAGGGGUUAUUACCAUGUGAUCUUAAAUUCUAUCUCGGAAAAGAAUUCAGUUUGGAGUAAUGGUGUUAUUAUGCUGAAACCAGGAAUUCUUCGUCUUCAGCAUUGGAGUCCGGAUUUUGAUCCUUCAUCUCAAAAAUCUACAAACACUCAGGCAUGGGUUAGAUUAUAUAAACUAUCUUGGGAAUAUUGGCAUCCAAAGAUUUUAUCAUCAAUUGCUAAAGGUAUUGGUGUCCCCUUGAAGAUUGACAACGCGACGAAUGCCGCGGAAUUUGGUUAUUAUGCCAGAGUCUUAAUUGACGUCGAUCUUUCUUCAACUGUUCCAGAAAAGUCUUCUUAUAGAAAGGGUAGGCAAAAUUGUUCUAAUAUUGGCCAUCAUCCUCGAGAUUGUCGAUUGAAUAAAAAGCUGGAUCAACAUGUUUCUAUUGAUAAACCUGCAGUUCAAGAAAAGAUCUGGAAACAGAGACAUCAAAAAAAUGAGGAUAUUCCUAUUGAUAAUGUCUUCAAACAUUUACGGAAUGAUCUUGCUUUUGAAGUUGCCCAAGUUAAUUCUGUUUUAGAGCCAUACAAGGAGACACCAAUAGAGAAUGCAGAAAAUGUCUCUGUAAUUGAACAUCAGAAUAAGGCAGGAAAGCCCUCGACUGAUGAUACUAGCAUUGAAAUAUCAAACGAAAUUUCUGCUCAUGUAGGUACUUUAUUUCCUCAGAGAUGGGAAAAUUUGGUUGACUCGGAUUCUUCAAAGGACACUUCAAAUAAUAUAAAUGCAAAUAGUGAGAAAUGUUUUGAAACAGUUGGUUUUCAGAAUUGGUCAAAUAACAUACAAGAAGAACAAGAAUAUUGGACUAUGGUUCAAAGGAAAAACAAGACGCAUCAAAAAAAAUUCAGCAAGAAAUCUGAUUUCUCAACUCCAGCCUUUUACUAA